ACCGUCUCGCGAGUCAUAGCGCGAGAACGUCGCGCGGUGGCUGAAGGAGGCAUCCGGUCCCACUGCUGAAUUUCUAGCGGGCUUCUUUGGUGAGCGGUUGUGUCGGUCGUUCGCUCAUUUCAAGGCCACAACUUUUAACAGCUGACUCCAAGGAUCGAAGUGCGGGCAGCUGUCAUUACGCUGCCGGUAUUUUAUGUAGGUGGACUGAGAGACAAAGGAAGAGAGAAAACAUUGCUGUACAGGAUUCGUCACUUGGCGCUGUCUGGUAGUUGUCCGGGUAUGCCUCCAACCGGCGCCGGCGAGCGGGGCGAACUCAAAGCCCGAAUCAAAGAGCUCAUCGACACGAACCAGGUCCUCAUCUUCAGUAAAAGUUACUGCCCGUACUGCAAUAAGGUGAAGGAUCUGUUCAAUGAACUGAAUGUAAAAUACAGUGCAUUGGAGCUGGACUUAAUGGAUGAUGGCUCUGACUACCAAGAAAUGCUGCUUGAAUUGACUGGACAGAAGACGGUCCCAAAUGUCUUUGUCAACAAAACCCACAUCGGUGGUUCUGACAAGACAUUGCAGGCUCACAAGGAUGGCCUCCUACAGAAGCUUUUAAGUGGCGAGGAGCCUUAUGAGUAUGACCUCAUUGUAAUUGGUGGUGGUUCUGGGGGGCUGGCCUGCUCUAAGGAAGCCGCAAGCUUGGGUAAGAAAGUCAUGGUCCUAGACUAUGUUGUCCCCACACCCAAGGGAACCACGUGGGGUCUAGGUGGCACAUGCGUCAAUGUGGGCUGCAUCCCCAAGAAACUGAUGCACCAGACUGCCUUGCUGGGAACAGCACUUAAGGAUUCCCGCAGUUAUGGCUGGGAAUUUGAGGAAAAUGUCAAGCACAACUGGGACAUAAUGACGACAUCUGUGGCUAACUACAUCGGCUCCCUCAACUGGGGCUACCGGGUUGCCCUGCGUGACAAGAGUGUCAACUAUGUCAACUCGUAUGCGGAGUUUGUUGAUCCACACAAAAUCAAGGCUACAAACAAGAGAGGCAAGGAGACUUUCCACACUGCUGCUACGUUUGUGCUGGCGACAGGAGAGCGCCCACGUUACUUGGGUAUUCCAGGGGACAAGGAACACUGCAUCACCAGCGACGACCUUUUCUCACUGCCCUACUGCCCUGGCAAGACGCUGGUGAUCGGUGCCUCCUACGUGGCCCUGGAGUGCGGUGGCUUCCUGGCGGGGCUGGGUCUGGACGUCACCAUUAUGGUGCGGUCCAUCCUGCUUCGUGGUUUUGACCAGGACAUGGCCGACCGUGCCGGGCAGCAUAUGGAAGAGCAUGGCGUCAAGUUCAUCCGCAAGUUUGUGCCCACCAAGGUGGAAGAGUUGGAGAAAGGUGAGCCAGGGAAGCUGAAGGUGACAGCCAAGUCCACUGAGACGGAUGAGAUCAUCGAGGGCGAGUACAACACUGUGUUGAUAGCAGUGGGUCGUGAUGCCUGCACCGGGGGGAUUGGCCUAGAUAAAGCCGGGGUCAAAGUCAACGAGAAGAACGGGAAGAUCCCAGUGAACGACAAGGAGCAGACGAACGUGCCGCACAUAUACGCCAUCGGUGACAUCCUGGAGGGCAAGUGGGAGCUGACGCCUGUGGCCAUCCAGGCCGGGAAGCUCCUGGCCCGGCGCCUUUUUGCGGGCUCCACCAUCCAGUGUGACUACAUCAACGUGCCCACCACGGUGUUCACGCCACUUGAGUAUGGAUGCUGCGGGCUGUCGGAGGAGAAGGCCCUGCAGCUGUAUGGCGAUGACAAUGUCGAGGUCUAUCAUAGCCUGUUGUGGCCUCUAGAGUAUACAGUUCCAAGCAGGGACAACAACAAGUGUUACGCAAAGAUCUUGUGCAAUAAACUGGACAAUGAACGUGUGGUGGGGUUCCAUUACUUGGGCCCCAAUGCAGGGGAGGUCACCCAGGGCUUUGGAGUGGCUAUGAAAUGUGGUCUGACUAAGGAACAGUUGGACAGCACCAUUGGCAUCCACCCCACCUGUGCUGAGAUCUUCACUACUUUGGCGGUGACCAAGCAGUCUGGGGGAGACAUCAGUCAGGCUGGCUGCUGAGGUUAAACCCUGCUGUUUUAACGCGCUGUCCGCACCACCCUGAGCACGCCCUCAUCCACGCCAGUCCUGUUGGCGGUGUGUGAGCCAGGCCCUGAGGCCUGAGAGUGUGGAGACGCGUAGCCACAAGGACAGCCUGUUAAACAGCGGGGUUACUCUGCUGAACCUGAAAAAUCCCUGAGGAAUCUGCUCUGAAAAGGCGUUUGCUGCUUGACGUCUUGGCCCUUAACCCCGUCACUUGUGGUGGGCCAGGACUGAUGUUUUUUUCUGAACAGAACCAGGGGAACAACCUCGUCCAACUCCAAGAUGGCCGCACUUCUCUGUGAGCUGUAUGUUAGCCUGUUGUUUCCACGUGGAACGGUACUCUCCCUUUCCUCCCAUCAAGGUGGGAGUUUGUCAUGUGACGAAAUCUGUUCCUCACAGUGACAGCUGGGGAAAGCAGCCGAGCCCCCCCCCAUAUACACGUGCACACACACAUAAUGUACCACGUUGGUUUUGUCUAUCACUGUUCCACCCCAAUUCAUUCUCUAUGAAGGCUGUGUAAAAUAACUUGGGUUAUGUUUUUUGGGUCUUUCACACUUUACUUGAAUCGAGAUCUGAAAUAGCCCACAUUCUUACCACAAGUGAGGAAUAUGUCUGCUUUUGACAUCAAACAGAGACACUAAAGCUCAAAUUGUCACCUUUUGUCGUAUCUGAUUUCAUUAUGAUACGUUUCAUUACGUUUGAUUAUUAAGUUAAUGCCUCUUUGUAUCGAUUGGGUUUGAAUACGAUGUCGGUCUUUUGAAGUGUGUGUCCAUUUGUCUUGCAUCACUAUGAACCGUAUAGACAGUGUUUCUGGGAGAAGUCUGUAUUUCAAUAUGCUCUUAGCAACUUACACCUGUUAAAGAUGAUCACUCUUUGGCUGGCAUCUUGCUUUUUGUAGAGAAAUAACCACAAUAAAAUGUCAGCCAUU